UAGAUAGUCAUUGGGUAGAUUGAUUAUUAGGUGUCAUGUUCAUUAGGCCUUCUGGGCAGUGCUAUAUACAGUACAUAUAAGCGCCAGCAUCUUUGUGUGCUCUGUAAUUUAUAUGAGCGGAGGCUAUACUCUUAACAACAGCACUGAUGAUACAAGAUGGCGUCGACCUUCGCUGUAGGACUUGCAGUGGGGGGAGCAGUUGCAGUAGUUGCCAUCAUUGUCACCGUUAUUAUAGUUCUGCUGUGCCGCAGAUUUUGUUUACGAGAGAAGAGCAAUUCUACAGCAUAUGAAGCUAUAGGAGAUUUCAAACCCACAUCUCAGGCCCUUGUCACACCCUCACCAAGUCAGGAAUCUAUGGGCUUGCCUCACCAAAGAAACGUCCAGCCACGCGCAAAGUCAACAUUUGGAACUGGCCCGAGUAUGUCUAGAGAAGCGUUGCUCAGUGUCAGCGACAGCGGGAGCAUCAAGUCGGUGCAAAGUGGGCGGAGUGAGUCGUCUGUUACAAGUGGAGAUAUUAGCAGUACCAGCGUAGACGCUGGAUUAGGUUCUAUUCAGCCUGACCUAUACCAAAGAAAGGAUACUGUGCUACGUCAAACAUCCAAGGACCAAUCAGGAAAACUGGGGAGACUACACUUGAGACUGAAAUAUGAUUUUAAAACAUCUGACCUUAUCGUUCACCUCAUUGAAGCUCAAGAUUUGCCUGCAAUGGACGUUUUCGGCGGAUUCAGUGAUCCUUACGUGAAGAUGUUUCUGCGACCAGAACCAGACAGUAAACUUCGCCAAUCAUCCAUAAAGCGACGGACUCUAAACCCAGUGUACAAUGAAUACUUCAAAUUCCCUGUAACUUUUGAUGAGCUACGCGAAAAAACCUUGUUCGUCCAUGUGUACGACUACGACAAGUUUUCACGAAAUGACAUCAUUGGAGAAGUGUCUGUUCAUCUGGACAGCAUUGACGUCAGCACCAGUGUGGAGGUGUGGUGUGAUAUUGAGCGUUAUUCCGAGGUAACCAGCAAUCUUGGAGAACUCUUGCUUUCCUUGAGCUAUUUGCCCACAGCUGAGAGGCUCACUGUUGUUGUUCUCAAGGCAACAAAUUUGCCGAAAAUUAACUUCGGGGGCACAACAGAUCCUUUUGUGAGGGCAUCCCUAAUACACGAAGGAAAGAGAAUAAAACGGAAGAAGACCUCUGUUCAGAAGAACACUAUCAACCCAGUAUGGAAUGAGGCUUUAGUGUUUCAGGUUCCGGCAGAACUGUUGGACAAAGUUAUCUUAGAGCUAAGUGUGCUGGAUUACGACCUGGUCGGGCACAGCGAGACGAUAGGGAAUAUCACUUUGGGGAGAAAUCAGACGGGGAGUGAAGAGUCACACUGGAGAGAAAUGAUGGAGAAUUUACGAAAGUCUAUCGCUAAAUGGCACUCUUUGCAGAAAGCAAGAUAACCAGAUCAUUUAGUCUGCUGUGACGUUAAUAAGAUAUACUUUAUUCAUCUAGAUAUUGACAAAUUGAUUUCACUGCGGUGCCUGACGGUGGAUUUGAUUAGAUGAACCCGUAAGAAAAAAAUUCCUCGUGAGUUGAUUGUGUGCAUCGUCUGGUAAAUCACCUGAGAGCAAGCAUUUUUAUACGAAAGAAAGGGAUGACAUCUCACUGAAUGAGCAUACUGAAUAUUGUACAUACUCGUAAAAUGCACAUCGGUAUACGUGAAUAAUGAACUUGACAUUUCAGAUUCUCAUUGAAAUAUGUUGCCAAAGGAAAACGAAAGAAAUCGUAUUGCAAAUAAUCAUGUGAAAACCAGUAUGCUGUGAGAAUUCUGAGAGAAAGCAGUAAAGUACCAAUUCCAACCAUAGUGUGGUUUCGUUGGCUUUGGCUUUCUCAAAAUAUAAUGACUGUUUACAUCUGAUAUUAUAUAAUGGAAGUAAUCCACAUCCGCGUUGUGAAUAAUAAAAUAUUAGCGUUAGAGUGCCUGCAAGUUGAGGAAUCUUACCAUAUUUUUGAAACAAAACGUUGUAUGUAAAAAAACUACUAUGACCCGUGGAAAUUUCGUGGAAUGAAGAAAAAAAAGUUUCAUCGUUGUCCAACAGUCUAUAAAUAUCUUGAAAAAAU